UCAACAGGAUAUGAUUUUUGUAUUGGCAUUUCUUAUUCAAAUGCCAACGAAAAGCAAGAAAGAAAUUCAAACAUUUAAAGUGUCUUAUUAAUCUGAAUUGUUCUUUACAUUUGAUAGAGUUUGUUUUGCCAAACGUUUCCAAGGUUUCGCAGCACGUAUCGCCGAAGAUAAGAAGUCCGUUUCACGACAAAAACGGACCACUGUUUCCCUGAUGACUGCCAUCUAAUUAUUCCUCAGCAGAUCCGGUGCAAUUCUAAACAAACUUCACCGAAAAGAUUGUCUUUCUAAGCUGUGAACAUGAUGAAGGCAAUCAGAUUGUGCAGCUUCUUCGUCCUGAUGCAAAUUUGCAGUUCCACGCAUAUUAAUGAAUAUCUUAAUGGAAAACACCUCGUCGUUGGAUUGCAGAGCUCACCGGUUCAUCUCUACGUAACGAGAAACGCAUCUGGACAUAUCGUGAAAAUGCAGGGUGUGGCCAUGAAUACUCUUAGUGCUCUUUCGCGACGAUUUAAUUUCACGUACUCUAUUCUACAAGUAAACGAUACUCGUCUAGAAAAACAAAGUAACACGCUACCGGGCUUGCAUUACUACAUGACACAGGGCAAGUGUGAUUUGGUUAUUGGAUCCAUUGCAAUGACAUUGGGACGUAGUGCCGGUAUGGAUUUAGUAGAAGGAUAUGCGUACACAUCCAUCGCUACCGUGAUCCCUAUGCCCGAGGAAUUACAGAAUGCGGAUGCUGCACUUCAACCUUUCCAGCUACCGGUUUGGAUCGGAUUAGUUGUUAUGAUGCCUCUAACAGCCAUAGCAAUUUACUAUUCCUCUCCCCAUGCAUAUUUUAAAAAACAACCUGAUGAAAGUGCGACCAUUGCUGGCUCACCAAAAAAGGGAAAUGUUUAUGCUGAAGUGAGCUCGAAAAUAAGCGAAGCUUUCUUUCAAGUUUUUCGUAUUCUUAUGAACCAAGGAGCAAGCUUUCAAACAAACCGAACUGCUCUUUAUUUUGUCGUGGGCUCGUGGUGUUUAGGUGCAAUGGUACUUAUUUGUGCUUAUAACAGCAUACUGACUUCUUACAUCCUGGGAUCAAAUGCCAAACCUAUGGCUGAUUCGGCCAUUGAUGCUAUCGGAAAUUCGAAGGUCAAUAUCGCAGUCAACGACGGGAACGGUGUAGAUCUUGUCCUAUCGGCUGCAGAAGUUGGAUUCUACAAACAUGCUGGUGACAAAUUACGUUCUAAUCCAGAGUCACGCUGUAAGACAACGAAGGAAUGCAUUAAUCUCGUGAAAUCGGGAUCCUACGCCUACCUGCAUACAAUAUACACGGCCAUGGACGUCAUCGAUGAAGAUUAUAGGGCUACCGGAGUAUGCCACCUUGCUCUUGCUAGAAAAUUUGAACCUAUGCCAGGUUCACUGGCCUGGGCACUACCCAAGAAUAGCCACUACACCAGGCUGUUCAGCAUGGGAUUUAUGGAGUUGCAUGAAUCUGGAAUGAUGGAACACUGGAUUGCAUGGGAACUUAAGAAAUAUAGAAAUGCAACUCAAUGUUUGCAAGAAGCUCACGAAAGACAACAGCGUAAGGCAGUGUCCGAGGAGAAAACAAAAAUCACCCUGAAGAAUUUCUCUGGGCCAUUUGAUCUUUUAAUUCUUGGUUAUCUAGUUUCGUUUAUUUUGUUUGUCCGUGAAAUUUUCUAUUUUAAAGUCAGCAAAUAUUGUAAAAAACAGUUAAGUCGUAAAGCCACGAUAAAGGAAACUGAUGACGUUAAUGGAAAUGUUAAAUGAAUCCAUGGGAGAAGGCUGAUAAUAGCAUGUAGUAAAUUGGUAAAUUUAUUAUUGAUUGUAUUUGUGGAUACCUUUCUUUGACUUCAAGAUACAUAUCAACUCAAGUAACUCAUUUAGAAGUGUAUUUGAUUGCUUACAUGUAAUUACCAACACGAUCAAUUCAGUGACUGUAGAUCAUUU